AUGCGAAUUAUUUCAACACCAGACAAAGGCAGGGGAGUAUUCGCAUCGCAGCCCAUCAAAAUCGGGGAGGUAGUUGAGAUAUCCCCCGUUCUCUUAUUCACGAAGGAGGAAUACACGCAGCAUGGACAGCACACAGCGCUCGAUGACUAUACCUUCGUGUGGCCAGAUCGGAGUGGGAGGAUGGGAUUGGCGAUGGGGAUCGGAUCUAUGUUCAACCACCACAAACAGCCUAAUGUGAGUUAUAGCAUUAACACUCAUACGCUCACAAUCACAUUCAAAACAACACGCCAUAUAAAUAUCAACGAUGAGUUAUGCAUUUCUUACGGCCCUGAAUCUAAAUUGUGGUGGAGGAAUACUCAAGUGGAUGAUGAUGAGGAUGAUCAAGUUAAGGAUAUGAGCGAAUUAGAUCUCUUGCAAUGUGAUUAUGGUAGUUAA